AUUCAACCCGAGCUUUGAAAAUCUUAUAAGAUUUUCAUCCCAAAAUAAACUUUGACCCGGAGCCAAAAGUCUUCCAUUCCGUCAGUCAUCCGAAGGAGUUUGUAGAGUGAACAACAUUUCCUGAGUGUUUUAAAACCCAUAAAGCAUCGAGUCUCCUGUCGGUGCAGUUGCAGAGUGUCGGGUGGGUAGAUAACCAAUGUCUCCUCCUACAACGAAUUGACAGACAGGAGUUCAGAGUUGUGCUGUCUUCCGAGAACGGAAAAAUAUAGUUUAAAGAUGUGGGAAAGAAAAAGAAUCACAUUUAAAAUCUUCUUCCUCUCCUCCUUUGUGUUUCUGAGUAAUUUUUAUGGGGCGCUUUCGGAGGAUGGCGUUCCCCCUAAAAUGUUCCCGUACGGACUGGACCACGUUGAUGUCAACUUGCCCAGAGAUGUGGAUGACAUUUCCUCGCCUGAGAUCAGACUGCAGACUCCAAUUGUCUUAUAUGGACAGCAGUACACGAGUGUGUUUGUCAACCAAAAUGGUUUGAUUUCGUUCCUCACAGAGAUUCCGACGUUUGUCAAUAUUCAGUUUCCUCUGGAUUAUCCUGUAAUUGCCCCAUUCUACUCGGAUGUAGAUACAAGAAUAUCUGGAACAGUGUAUUACAGAGAAACUCAAGCUGACGAAUUGUUGGAAAGAGCAAGAACAAUGUUUUCUGACCAUUUCUCAUCCGCCGUCAAUUUCCAACCCUCGAGCCUCCUAAUCGUGACGUGGGAUGAUGUGGGCUACUUUGAUAGAAAGAGUGACAAGGUAUUCACAAAUAAGUUGCCUCCUGGAACUCGUGUGGCUCCAGAUGAACGGAGUAACACAUAUCAGUUGGUAAUUGGAUCUGAUGGCGGUGACUCGUAUGUGGUCUUCCUGUACGACAAAAUACAAUGGAUACAAGGGACAGGAAAAAAUCCAAGUUUGCCUGAUGCAAAGGCUCAAGCCGGUCUCAAUUCUGGAAAUGGACCUCACUUUGAACUUAAAGGAUCUGGAACCGAUCAAGUUUCCAACAUUCACAAACGUUCUAACGUCAAUGAGGAAGGCGUUUGGAUGCUUAGAAUCGGUCGUGUGAGUAAUAAUUUGGAUGAACCUGACUUGAAUGUUCCUCGAGAGUCGUCUCCUGAAUCAAGUUCCUCGUGUGCGUCUGGUGGGGUUACAAGCUGUCACAGUCAGGCUUCAUGUGUGGACUACAAUCCUGGCUUUUGCUGUCAAUGCAGAAGACAUGGAAAUUUCUUUGGAAAUGGGAGAGUCUGUUUGCAAGAAGAAUCUCCACUCCGAGUAAACGGAAAAGUCAGGGGAGUGUUUAAUGGGGUAGCAAUUGACGACUCUGACCUGUUUUCGUACAUCGUUCCUCAGGAUGGGCGUGCUUACACGGCCAUCGCCAAAAUUCCUGAGCGACUUGGGUACGACAUGCAAACUGUCAUUACACUCGGAACAAGUAUAGGUUGGCUGUUUAGCACAGCAGUGAAAGGGGCACCCAACGGCUUCUCCUUGACGGGCGGCGUCAUGAAUUACACGUCAGAAAUAAACUUUCACCAAACUGGGCACAAGGUUCAACUUCAUCAAAAUUUUAUGGGGUUGGAUGUCUUCUCCCAUUUAAAGGUUGACAGCAGAAUUCAUGGGUCUGUUCCUAUCGUGCCAGUUGGGAAAACGAUUGAAGUGAACGAUUUGAAAAUGGAGUUUACCAGAGUUUCUGCGGGACUAUUACGAUCCAGAUCAUCUCACUCUUACGUUGUAGAAGGGACAUCACAAGAACAUCCAUUUACCAUCGAGCAAACGAUAGAAUAUGAAGAAUGUCCAUUUGUUUCCCCUGUUCCUCCGGAAAUGGACACUCUAACCACAAAAGUUGGGAGACAUUACAUUGUUUACGACGUGUCUCAAGAAAUUGUCAGAUAUGCCAUCACCAGCAAAGUUUCACCCGUAGAUGGUGAGGAUCCAUGUAAAGUGAAUAAAGACAAGUGCGGACCUAACAGCUCGUGUGUGGUGGAAGGAGACAAUUAUCGAUGCAUUUGCAAUUUGGGAUAUGAACAAAGCUACACUUACGAAGACGAUGGUGCAGCUCCCGUUGAUCAAUCAGAACCGGAAUGUACUGAUGUUGACGAGUGUCAAAUUGGGACGUCAACAUGUGAUGUGACCGCCGUGUGUUACAAUUCUCCUGGGUCAUACAGUUGUGAAUGUUUGAGUGGUUAUUCUGGAGAUGGGUACACCUGCACCAAAAUUUUAUCUUGUGCGGAUGUGCAAUGUGGUCAAAAUGCAGAGUGUGUGGAGUUAUCAGCUGGAAACCCUGAAUGCAGAUGCCUGCCAAAAUUUUAUGGAGACGGGCUUUUCUGUUAUGAACCAACAGGGGUUGAGGUUGGUACUGGGGAUCAACCCGACUGUAGACAAGUCCGUGACCUUUGUGACCCUUUUGCUGAAUGCGUGUUUAGCAGUUCCAGCGAGUCCUACGUCUGUAGUUGUCAGCAGGGUUACACGGGAGAUGGUCUAAGCUGUCACAGGGAUACUCCAACCGAUGAAGAGAGUUGUGAUAUAAUAAACAACUGUCACCCAUACGCUGACUGUAAAUUGGACGAAACCCAGAGUGAGUACACUUGCGUAUGUCAACCUGGAUACUUUGGUGACGGAUACUCUUGCCUUCGAUCUCAAAACUAUGGCCCUUCAUACGAGGAGGAACAACAACGCCCGAACCCAGUUUGUGUUCUCGGAAGUUGCUACUGUUCUGGAGGCUAUGAGUAUGACGAGGACCGUGGAGAAUGCAAAUUUUCCUCUGUUGUAAAAUCCUCGUCCACCGAGCAAUCUCAAUGCGACACGGAUUCCGCAAUGUGCGACUCCAACGCGUCUUGUUUAUACCAAAGUGGAAAAUACAAAUGCGUAUGUUUGAACGGAUUUUCUGGAAAUGGUCUGCAAUGUUCUCCUCAAGAUUAUUGCUCCAGUCACUCUGAAUGCAGUCUUCACGGGGAAUGUGCAUAUGAUCCAGUCGAACUUCGCUACUCUUGUCGUUGUCGAAAUAAUUUUGAAAUGGUUGGAAAAGAGUGUCGACCAAAACAGGAAGUGGGUUGCGAUAUAUUGCGAAAUUGUGACACCAAUGCGCAAUGUAGUUGGGACGCGAGACAAUCAAAAUAUGCAUGCGAAUGCAAACCGGGUUUUCGCGGAAACGGUCUCGUAUGCCGAGAAGAAGCUUUGGGUGGGGGAUGUCAAGGUCCACAAUGCACAAGAGAAGCUUCGACUCCGGAAGGCGACCAAAUUGUCGUGGCAAAGGGCAUGUCCCUCAUCAAAAUUCAGUUGCAAGGAAAUAAAGCGGUUCCUCUGACAGUUGAUCCUUUCCAAACGGCGAUCGGCAUUGAUUUUGACUGCUUCAAUCAAAAAUUAUACUGGAGCGACGUUGCCACAAGAGCCAUUAAAAUGGGAAAUGUAAACGGAUCUGGCAAAGGAUCAUUCCUUGAUGAAGAUAUUGGUUCCCCGGAAGGCUUAAGCAUUGACUGGGCAUCAGGAAACAUAUACUGGACAGACUCACUCCGAGAUACAAUUGAAGUUGCCAAUUUGAAAAACCAAGUUAGGAAAACCGUCGUCUCAACGGAUCUUGUAAACCCACGAGGAAUUGCAGUGUAUCCACAACGAGGUCGAUUGUUUUGGAGUGAUUGGAACAGAGAUUAUCCUAAAAUUGAAUACUCUGGGUUGGACGGACAAGAACGCCAAGUUUUGGUAGGGGAAGGAUUAGCUUUACCGAAUUCCCUGGUUGUAGACACUGAUGGAGAUCAAUUGUGUUGGGCGGAUGCUGGAACUCAUAAGAUUGAAUGUGUUGGAAUUGAUGGAAGAAAUCGGAGGACUCAAGUGAUGAAUGUUCCAUAUCCGUUUGGGUUGGCACUUGGGCCAGAUCACUUUUAUUGGAGCGAUUGGGAAUCGAAACAAAUUGAAAGUGCAUCUCGUCGAAAUGGUGAGCGUUCUUCCAGUUACGAGGUUUCAUUAGGAGGUCCUGGGAAAUUGUAUGGCGUGGUUUACAUCCCUGCUCAAUGUCCUCAAAUGUACAGCCCUUGUGAAUAUAGUCCGUGUGGAAAUGAACGAAUUUGCCUUCCGAAUAUUCGAGGUGGUCGAUCCUGCAUUUGUGGCGACAAUGCUCCCGAUGAGUGUCAGAAUUUGUUGUAGUAAUGGAAUGCUGCUUUUAUAAUUAGAUUCACUACCUGACUUUUAAUUAUUUCUUCAUGCACAAUUCUCACUUGUUGUUGAAGUUCACACCAUAUGAUUAUUUAUAGCCUUUGCUGCCAAUAAAAAAUGGUUAUGUAUUUAAUCUGUAGUUAUUAAGAUCAAAUUUGUUAUUAUAAGUAAUCUGUUAUUGGUUUGGUAUGAUUUGUUUACUCGGAUUUUUAAUUGUAAUAGUUAUUUUAUGUAAUAGAUGAGCAUUGCGAGUUUGUCAAACUUAUCAUUCUUUGCUUAUAUGAAAGACUCGAUGGGUAUGUAAGCGAGUACAUCUAAACUACUUAAAUAUAUUAAACAAAUAAUAUAAAUAAAAGUUAAGAGGUGGAUUCAA